GGGGCGGGCAUUGUUCGGCCGCCGCCGCCGCCACCGCUGCGCGGGGACAUGGGGGCCGCCCGGCGCCUGGGGCCGGGCCUGGAGAGGUCGCCGAGCCGCCGCUGAGGCGGGCCCUGCGCGCAGCCGGGCGGUGCAGGUGAGGCCGGCCGCGCCAUGGUGGACCCUGUGGGCUUCGCUGAGGCGUGGAAGGCGCAGUUCCCGGACUCGGAGCCGCCGCGCAUGGAGCUGCGCUCGGUGGGCGACAUCGAGCAGGAACUGGAGCGCUGCAAGGCCUCCAUCCGGCGCCUGGAGCAGGAGGUGAACCAGGAGCGCUUCCGCAUGAUCUACCUGCAGACGCUGCUGGCCAAGGAGAAGAAGAGCUACGACCGGCAGCGCUGGGGCUUCCGACGCGCGGCGCAACCCCCCGACGGCGCCGCCGAGCCCCGCGCGUCCGCACAGCGCCCGCCGCCCGCGCCCGCCGACGGCGCCGACCCGCCGCCCGCCGAGGAGCCCGAGGCCCGACCCGACGGAGAGGGCUCCCCGAGCAAGGGCAGGCCCGGGGCCGCCCGCAGGCCCGGAGCCGCCGCGGCCGCGGACCGGGAAGACCGCGGGCCCCCCACCAGCGUGGCGGCCCUCAGGUCCAACUUUGAGAGGAUCCGCAAGGGCCACGGCCAGCCCGGAGCCGCGGACACCGAGAAGCCCUUCUACGUAAACGUCGAGUUUCACCAUGAGCGCGGUCUGGUGAAGGUCAACGACAAAGAAGUGUCCGACCGGAUCAGCUCCCUGGGCAGCCAAGCGAUGCAGAUGGAGCGUAAGAAGUCCCAGCACGGCACCGGGCCGAGCCUGGGGGACGCACCCAGGUCCUCUAACCGGGGCCGUACCUCGGAGAGCAGCUGCGGCCUCGACGGCGACUAUGAGGACGCGGAGCUGAACCCCCGCUUCCUGAAGGACAACCUGAUCAAUGCCAACGGCGGCAGCAGACCCCCUUGGCCGCCCCUGGAGUACCAGCCCUACCAGAGCAUCUACGUUGGGGGUAUGAUGAUGGAAGGGGAGGGCAAGGGCCCGCUCCUGCGUAGCCAGAGCACCUCGGAGCAGGAGAAGCGCCUUACCUGGCCCCGCAGGUCCUACUCCCCUCGGAGCUUUGAGGACAGCGGAGGGGGCUACACGCCAGAUUGCAGCUCCAACGAGAACCUCACCUCCAGUGAGGAGGACUUCUCCUCCGGCCAGUCCAGCCGCGUGUCCCCCAGCCCCACCACCUACCGCAUGUUUCGAGACAAGAGCCGGUCACCCUCACAGAACUCACAGCAAUCCUUUGACAGCAGCAGCCCCCCGACGCCGCAGUGCCAGAAGCGGCACCGGCAGGGCCAGGUCAUUGUGUCGGAGGCCACCAUCGUGGGCGUCCGCAAGACCGGGCAGAUCUGGCCCAGCGAUGGGGACAGCUUGUCCAGCAGGCUGCCUCAGGAUGGCACCUUCCAUGGAGAUGCAGAUACGUCGUUUGGAACGCCACCUGGCUAUAGCUGUGCUGCAGACCGGGCUGAGGAGCAGCGCCGGCACCAAGAUGGGCUGCCCUACAUCGAUGACUCACCCUCUUCCUCACCCCACCUUGGCAGCAAAGGCAGGGGCAGCCGGGAUGCACUGGCCUCAGGAGCCCUGGAGUCUACCAAAGCGAAUGAGCUGGACUUGGAAAAGGGCUUGGAGAUGAGGAAGUGGGUGCUGUCUGGAAUCCUGGCUAGCGAGGAGACUUACCUGAGCCACCUGGAGGCGCUGCUGCUGCCCAUGAAGCCUUUGAAGGCUGCUGCCACCACCUCUCAGCCAGUGCUGACAAGUCAGCAGAUUGAGACCAUCUUCUUCAAAGUGCCUGAGCUCUAUGAGAUCCACAAGGAGUUCUAUGACGGGCUCUUCCCCCGAGUACAGCAGUGGAGCCACCAGCAGCGAGUGGGUGACCUCUUCCAGAAACUGGCCAGCCAGCUGGGUGUGUACCGGGCCUUUGUAGAUAACUACGGAGUUGCCAUGGAAACGGCUGAGAAGUGCUGUCAGGCCAACGCUCAGUUUGCAGAAAUCUCUGAGAACCUGAGAGCCAGAAGCAACAAGGAUGCCAAGGAUCAGACGACCAAGAACUCUUUGGAAACCCUGCUCUACAAGCCUGUGGACCGGGUGACGCGCAGCACGCUGGUUCUGCAUGACUUGCUGAAGCACACGCCCUCCAGCCACCCAGACCACCCUCUGCUGCAGGAUGCCCUACGUAUCUCACAGAACUUCUUGUCCAGCAUCAACGAGGAGAUCACGCCCCGCCGCCAGUCCAUGACUGUGAAGAAGGGAGAGCACCGGCAGCUGCUGAAGGACAGCUUCAUGGUGGAGCUGGUGGAGGGGGCCCGCAAGCUGCGCCACGUCUUCCUGUUCACCGACCUGCUCCUCUGCACCAAGCUGAAGAAGCAGAGUGGAGGCAAAACCCAGCAGUAUGACUGCAAAUGGUACAUCCCGCUCACGGAUCUCAGCUUCCAGACAGUGGAUGAGUCGGAGGCGGCUCCCAACAUCCCCCUGGUGCUGGACGAGGAGUUGGAUGCCAUGAAGAUCAAGAUAUCCCAGAUCAAGAAUGAUAUCCAGAGAGAGAAGAGAGCAAACAAGGGCAGCAAGGCCAUCGAGAGGCUGAAGAAGAAGCUUUCAGAGCAAGAGUCACUGCUCCUGCUUAUGUCCCCCAGCAUGGCCUUCAGGGUGCACAACCGCAAUGGCAAGAGUUACACAUUCCUCAUCUCAUCUGACUAUGAGCGUGCUGAGUGGAGAGAGAACAUCCGGGAGCAGCAGAAGAAGUGUUUCAAAAGCUUCUCCCUAACAUCCGUGGAGCUGCAGAUGUUGACCAAUUCGUGUGUCAAACUUCAGACCGUCCACAGCAUUCCACUGACCAUCAACAAAGAAGAUGAUGAAUCUCCGGGGCUCUAUGGAUUUCUCAAUGUCAUCGUCCACUCCGCCAGUGGCUUUAAGCAGAGUUCAAAUCUGUACUGUACCCUGGAGGUUGAUUCCUUCGGUUAUUUUGUGAAUAAAGCCAAGACUCGCGUUUACAGAGACACAGCUGAGCCCAACUGGAAUGAGGAGUUUGAGAUCGAGCUGGAAGGCUCCCAGACCUUGAGGAUUCUCUGCUAUGAAAAGUGUUACAACAAAACAAAGAUCACCAAGGAGGACGGCGAGAGCACAGACAGGAUCAUGGGGAAGGGCCAAGUCCAGAUUGCGUUCACCUUCUUGGCUUUACGGAGAAUCCCAUGGAUUGAAUCAACCACAUCGUUGAGCCAUUCUGCUCUUAAUGGACACUAAGUUUUCCAGAUUUUGCUAUUCUGUGAGCAUGCUGGUGCUGGACAUCUUUGAAAACUGACAUGUUUUGGCAUUACUGGGCAACAGUCACAGCUUGGGCUCUGCUCUACUGCUUCACAACUAAUGUGUUCCUCUUUCUACCCCUCCCUUCUCCCUCUCCAUGCUUGCAUCUGUUCCAGCCUGGGCAUCCCUUCUCCACACCCAGCCCUGACCCCCAUCUUGCAGAGCCCAAUGGCGAUCUGAGGAUGCAGACAGGCUGGGUGUCUGGCCCCUUUUUUCAGCCCAUUACACAAGGCUAAAGGAGGCUCAGAUUCCACCAACCUUUGACUCAAAUCAUCCAAAUUCUCCAAUAGGUGACUCCUUCCAGUAAUCCAGGAGGCAGUGAGAUUUGAACCAGGGCCUCUGAGCACUGGUGGGUAACUGGGGGUUCUCAGUGGAAGAGAGAAAAGAACAGAUACUUGUCCUCUUCUUUUAUUGUAUUGAGACCUCUUUGGAAACCCUUUGCCACAUUACUGCUGGAUAUAAGCAAAAUAUUCCUCCGUGCACAUAACCUGUGCUCUCAAACACUCUCGGACACACGGACGUGUCAGAUGAGCACCCUGUCCUGUCCCAGGGAAGAAGACAGCAAGUGGUGUUAUGGGGCCUGGCUUGGGGCAUCUCUCCAAACUCUGGCUGUUCUCUGCCCCUUUCUGCCAUCUGGCCCCAGUCUGCAUUUCCCCUCACAGGUGCUUUGAGAGGUGCUCCUCAGCAAAUAAUCUCCCUUGCUUUUCCUUCAGUAGGACAAGAUGGGACAGGAGUAGAGGACAUGGACUGUAUUUAAAAAGAAAAAAAAUUACAACCUCAUUAGAACAGAAAGGUGAACGAUGUUCAGCGGGAUACAGGUAUAGGGACCACUGCAGGGGGUUUUGCAGCAGGGGAGAGAGAUGGACCCCCAACUCUGACUAUAACAAGGGAAGGGGGAAUUUAUAGACAAGGAGCAGGGUGUGGGGUGGGGGUGGGGGGGCGGUCAUCGAUUGGAAGUUACUAAAAGGAAACAUCACGGGUAAGGGAGAUUCUGGCUAAACCUACCUAAUGGGCAGGCCAGGGCAAUCAGAUGUUACUGGGGGCUGGGGCGGGGGGAAGAAAUGAGGAAUCUGGAUAGACGUUGAGGGUAAUCCGCUAUUAAGGAUAUCGAGGCACGGUUUUUGCUAAAAUUGGGCUCUUAGGGAAAUUCCCAAGAAUGAGGUCUAUUGGAAAACAACUCAGAGGAGCCCGACUGGUUUGGUCAAGGGGAGACUCUGUCCACUCCCUCAGCCCCAGUGUGCCUCCUAUGACCUGGGGCAAUUCAUCACUGCCUGUAUAAACUUGUUUCCUCAAUGUAAAUUGUAGUCGGGGGCCACGAAGGCGGAUGUGGAGGCCUUCAGUGUCAGCUGCCACUGUUAUUAUUACUCAUUGUUGUCACUGUUAGUGGAGAAGGUGGGCUCUGGCUCCACUCCUUCGUCUGUGUCUGCUUCGGUGGAAGAGAUGAGUGAAUGGGAAGCCUGGCCGCUGAGCAAUCAUUAGCCAGGAAGGAAUCCCAGCAUAACCCAAGGUCCGUUUGUGACUCACAAAGAGUAGGCAGUGGCCAGCCUGGCCCCUGAGGACCCCCAUUCCCGUGGGGAGUGGAGGGGGGGCUUGUUUACAAACUCAGGAUCCCCAAUACGAGUAGGAAGGAAGUCAGAGGAAGAGCGGUGAUGACGCCCUGUGACCCUAGCCAGGCCUCUUUCUGCCUCCCCCAACCCCCACAGACACUGUUUUCUGUGUGGGGCACCCCUAGGGGAGGGCAUUCGUGACUCUAGUGGGGGACAGCCUUCCUGAGUGGGGGCUUUUCCCAAUAAUACCAGGCACCUUCGGAGUAUGCCAUGUGGGACAGACAUGUAGCCCUGCCCAUCCUGUUGCUGGGGUAGGGGAGGUGGGAAUAGCAUGGUCUUCUCCUGCAGGUGCCUUCCACCCCCACCUGCCACAUGCUCUUUGACUCAUAAGUUUAGUGGAAAGCCCUUCCUGUGAGGUGGAGAAGGUGCAGCACCCUGGGAGUAUCUGAGGGGGCCCAGGAGAAGCCCACAGCUGGCCAGAAGGGCAGAGGCCAGGCAGGUCCCUCCAAGGGGCCAGGGACAGAAAUCAAGUUUCCAGCAAAGCUGCUCACAUGCCUGUCUGGGCAGAUGGUGUCAGAGUCAUCUGGGGAGCUAGGGCCUGAUCUCCCAGAGCUGGGGUCCUAGAUCAGUCUGGUUUUACUGCCUUACAUGAUGGUGGUGAGCUGAGGGUUCAGGAACCACUGGCCUGAGUCUGAGGUUCCAGCUCUUGCUCUUCAGAUGACUUGGCAGAUCCCUGCUUCCCCUCUUAAAUGAUGCAGUCUCCAUGAGAGGAGAACAGAGGGAUGAGCCAAAGUCAGCUGCUCAACUGACUGAACCACCCAGGCACCCUUCUCUUCUCCAUUUUCAAAUUUUCUGUGUUGUUUGAACCCCCUACCCUAUUCCUUCUUAGUGAUUAACUUUAUAUCAAAUCCUAGAAUAUUGUCAUCUGCCAUUUCUCCUGAUAUUUUGUGUGUCUAGCUGAGCUCACGACUCACAUUCCAAGGGGGACGUCAGAGUUGAUUUUUUUUUUUAAACAUUUUUUUGUGAGUUUUGGUUGAGACUGGGGCCUCAGAUCUCUGGUCUGACCCUUACUUUAUUCGAAACUGGUACUUAGGGCUGUCUGUAUGUGGUUUCCCAAACUUCUCUGCCAGCCUGGGUUGCUUGCCUCACGCAUAGAAACCUGGUUGAAUACAGACCGACAGGUCCAACGGUGCCCCUUUCCAGGGGUGCCCUGGCACCCACACUCCAGCCCUCACCAAGACCUCACUGUAAGGUCUGCCCACUCACGGGCAGUAUCCUCAUUCGACCACCAGUUCUGUGGCACUUGUGCCCCAAGAGCCCACUGAAGUGCCCAGCAACAGCUGUAUGAAUGUGGAGAUGCCACCAACACUUGGACACGCACGUGUGCAGCCACACCACUGAGUAUGCCAACCUGAAACUGGAAAGAAGCUAAGUGCCCAUCAGCUGGUGAGUUCAUAAGCCAAGUGUGAUAUAUCCGUAUGAAAUAUUAUGCAGCCAGAACAAAGGAAGGACAUUCUGAUACACACUACAUGAAUGAAACUUGAAGACAUAAGUGAAAGAAGCCAGACACAAAGGGAUAAGUAAUAUAUGAUGACACUUACACGAAGUAUCUAAGACUGGCUAAUUCCUCAAGACUAAGAGUGGAAUAAAAGUUACCAGGGGCCAGAAGAGGGUGGAAAUGGGGAGCUACUGUUUCACAGAUACGAUGUUUGGGAUGAUGAAAACGUUUUGGAGAUAGGUAGUGGUGGUGAUUGCACAACAUUAUGGAUGUACUUAAUGCCAUUGAACUGUGCACUUAAAAAUGGUUAAUUUUAUGUUAUAUAUAUUUUACCACCAUUUUUUUAAAGAGUUAGCAUGUCAUGGGGUGCUUGGGUGGCUCAGUU